GUUCUGGAGAUUGAUAUUACUUCGGCAUCAAGCGACGAUCGAGACGUAACUAGGAAGGCAGACGACUGAAGCAGCGAAGCGCGAAAACCGCAGCCCGACCAUAUAACAACACCAGCAAAGUGCCUCUCUCACUCCCCAAAAUGACCGCUGGUCUCAAGACCAUUAUUUCGCUCUCCUUUGUCCUAGCAAUCGGCUUCCUCCUCGUAAUCCUUUCCUGCGCCCUCUUCAAACAAUACCUGCCACUCCUAGUCGUCGCCACCUACGUGCUCGCGCCGCUACCAAACUGGGUCUGCGGACGCUGCGCCAAUCCCGAUGAUUUCGUAGAAUCAAGCAGCAAUGCUGUUGUGGAUUUCGGGAGGUUCUGUACCGGGUUCUUGGUUUUGAUGGGUGUUGCACUCCCGGCUUUACUAGCACACUCGGAGCUCAUUCGCUGGGCAGCGGCGCUGAUGUCUAUCACGGGCGGGGCGCUGAUCUACGGCACCAUCAUCGCGUUUGGGAUGUUCUUUCAAGAGGAGGAGGAGUAAGGGAUACCGGAUGGUGGGAAGGACGGGAGAGGGAUGUAUUGUACGUAUAAAGCAUAUCAGCAAGCAAAGCGGAACUGAAGAA